CCGUCCUGCUCUGUUAUCGACUUGUCGGGACUGUUUGUAGUUUUUACGUCCAGGUUUCGUUUUUGAAAAAGGAGGAGGUCGAGAAAAAAAUCCCGGAAUUACAAACAAGAAAGUGUCCUUCUUGGAUUGUACAGCACUUUUUGGAAUGGCCACCGCGCCACAGCCUUCCCUUCACAUGAGAUCGACCGAUCUCAUCAGAAGAGAGCCCCUGGAUUAUGGAGGAUUUGGGGAAGUUUACCUGUGCUACCAUGCAACCCUUGGCCAGGUGGUGUUGAAGACUAUGUAUACAGGCCCUGUUCGCAACGAGGAGAGUAAAAGGUCACUGCUUGAGGAGGGGACCAUCAUGGCAAGCCUGAACCAUGAACGGGUUGUCAAGUUGCUGGGUGUAAUCAUGGAGGAUAGAGACUACUCGCUAGUAAUGGAGCUCAUGCCCAGAGGCAACCUGUUGGUCAUGCUAGAGACGGUCUCUGUGCCAGUAUCCAUCAAAGGCAGAAUCAUCGUAGAGAUUUUGGAAGCAAUGAUGUACCUCACAGAGAGACACGUCAUACACAAAGACAUCAAGCCAGAAAACAUUUUAGUGGACAAGGAUUUUCAUAUCAAGAUUGCAGACCUUGGGCUGGCCACCUGUCAGGCAUGGAGCAAACUGACAAGAGAGGAGUCUCGCAGGAAGAGUCGUAAGGGGCGUUCAGUUGGGGCAAGAGGUGCUGGCACACUGAGCUACAUGGCCCCUGAACACCUGGAGAGUAUACAUACACCCUCCACUGAGAAGUCUGACGUCUACAGCUUUGCAAUUGUGGUUUGGGUCAUCCUCACAGGAGAAGAGCCAUAUCAAAAUGCCAGGAGUGAGGACCAAAUGAGCCAGUGUGUCCGAAAAGGUGACCGCCCGGCAGAGAGCCUUAUUCCAGACGACACGCCGGCAGAGAUAAUUCAGAUGAUGAAGAGGUGCUGGGAUCAUUGUCCGCAGAAACGGCCAACAUUUAAAGAGAGCUAUGACUCCUUCCUUCCUUUCUACAUGGAAAGGCUUGAACCACAUGUAGAGGAAGAUCUCGUUGAUCUGAGGAAAUUAUACGAUGGCCCAGAAGACCUUGUUGAGAAGAUGAAGUCUCUGUCAAUAACUCCUGAAUGUUUUCCAGCAGAUUGCCCAGCUUCUUUGGUGAGUUCAGACAGAAACGUAUCUGUGCCAGUUGAAGCCAGCAUCGAGGACCUCAGUGACAACCACUAUGAGCUAACUGAAGGCUCUGUUGAGGUAGAUGCAAGGGGUGUUAGCGUCCUCCCGGCUUUGGAGGAGAAACUGGACCGGGAGCUUCAGUACCACAAACAUGGUAGCUAUAACUGUGAGAACCAACCUGAUGCUGCCUACUACUACCAUAACAACAGCUCGAAUCCCUUCCUGCAAAACCCCUGCACAACAGAUCACGCUUUAAGACAACCAGAACAAGACAGACCUUCCUAUGUGUCCUCUGUCCAUUCUUGGACAAAAGCUGAGGCAGUGCAGCCCACCAGCCAGGAAGAGGCUUUGUAUCGCCCUACUGCUGGUCUCUAUGAGUCCAUGAACACUUCUAUACCUCCUGUACACUCUUUGCCCAUGUCUGCCAGCACCUCUUCUUUACCACAGUUUAACCAGGAGCAUCCACAUUCCCACUUUGACCGCCAGCAGUCAUGGCCGACUUACCCAGUGUCUGAUACAUCUGCUCCUGACAUCAACCCCGGGCGUCUUCUGACGCCAUCAAAGAUGAACUCCCUACAAGAUCAAGGAUCUCUUUUCAUUCAGAAUGCCAGUGGGAUCCAGAUUGGGAGCAACAACUUGAUGAGUAUCAGAGGUUAUGAUUCCUCCCAUAGUUUAUUAUCACAUCCUAACGGCUCAGCUAACUUUCUCAUCAAAGAGGGCAUUCUGAAAUAUGAGGACCAUGCUGUGACUGAGGAGCACCUGGAACUGCUGAGAGAAAACAUCGGGGCCAAAUGGAAGCGUUGUGCGCGGAAACUGGGUCUGACCAAUGUGGAAAUCGAGACCAUUGAGCACGACUGUUACCGCGAUGGUCUGCCAGAGAUGGUGCACCAGAUGCUGGAGCGUUGGAAAAUGAAGGAGGGAAGCAUCGGCUGCACAAUCGGGAAGCUUUGUCGAGCUCUGGAAGGCAACAUAAAGGUAGACGUAAUCCAGAAAAUAUUGGACUCCUGCGGUUCCUCCCCCUAGAUCUGAUAAACUUUGGCAGAUUUGCCUCUUUAAAUGACUUUUUGUCUGUGUUGGCCAAAUGUAACCUUUCCAACCAAAACAAACAAAAAAUGUUUUGGUUUUAUGUGCCACAAGUGAAUAAAUGAAAUUUCAAAAUCAUGUUCAUUGUUAAGUAAUAAUGGUCCAAAUAAUCAAUGUAAGUCAAAGAAGAAUGAUUACAAAGGUAAUAACAAAAGUAAUAUGUUUAACCCAAACAUUGUCAUGUUUGUUUUUUCAGAAAUUGUUGUGUGAUGAGUUACAGUAUGGAAAAAAGCUUUUAUGCAGUUACUCUAGCUUUAAUGGAAUAAUUAACUCAUAUUCAGGGACAAUCAAGUGGUGUAUGGUAAACAUUUAUUCCAGCCAAAGCACAGAACAGAUAAGGUCAGUGAGUCUGUAAAAAACAUAAACAAUUACAAAACGGAAAACUGUAAAGGGGGACAGAAACCUGAGUGCAGUAUGCCAUGAAUUCACGUGUGUUAUUGUUGUCAUAAAUGUGUCCAAUCAUGGUCAGUAGAUAAUACAAAUGCCACCUGCUACUUGGUACCUUUUGUGUUCACAUUACCCCAAAUUACAGUUUAAAUACAUGAAUUACUUAUCUCCUUGUUCUUGUGUUCAGUGUUUCGUCUUACUGUAUUGAUAUCAGAUAUUUUCAAUGUAAUGAGCUGUUGCGCUGUUCUGUUUCAAGCAUUUUGGAUUACAGGUGACUUUUUGUUUGAGAUGUGUCAUGGCAAAAUUCAUUUUAAUUUUGUGUACUGGGACUCAACAUGUAGUUCACACUAUAAAAUAUUACACUGAUGUACAGCAAUGCAGAAAACAACAACAACAAAAAAGUUCUCCAAACCUUGUAUAUAUUAGAAAGCUGUUUUGACAUUCAAAAUAAACUGUACACAUUUAAAAAAUUACAA